AAAGAGAGGUUGUUUACCAGAAGAGUAUAACAAGAGCAGGUCUGACUGCAGGGCUGGGACCUGGAGGCAGAGCUGCCCCCGAGGGGACCCCGGUUGGUCAAUCACCUGCAAGAUGAAGGUGGUGAGGAUGCUGCUGGCCUGGGUGCAAACAUUCCUCGUCAGCAACAUGCUCCUAGCUGAAGUCUAUGGAUCUGGAGGCUGCUUCUGGGACAACGGCCAACUGUACCGAGCGGACCAGCCCUCCCCCGCGCCAGGCCUUCGGUGCCUCAAUUGGCUAGAUGCGCAGAGCCCCCCGGCUCCUGCCCCCGAGUCGGGCGCCGGCAACCACAGCUACUGCCGAAAUCCGGACCAGGACCCGCACGGACCCUGGUGCUACGUCACCGGCAAGGCCGGCACCCCGGAGAAGCGGCGAUGCGAAGGCCUGCGCUGCCCAGAGACUGUUUCCCAGGACCUGUCACCCUCCAUGAGGGAAGCUGAGGAGACAUCUGAAGUGCCAAGUGGUGAUGAGGUGCAGGUGUUCGCUCCUGCCAAUGCCCUGCCUGCCGGGAGCGAGGCAGCAGCUGUGCAGCCAGUGAUUGGAAUCAGCCAGCGAGUUCGGGUGAACUCCAAGGAGAAAAAGGACCUCGGAACCCUGGGCUACGUGCUGGGCAUUACCAUGAUUGUGAUCAUCAUCGCUGUCGGAGCUGGCAUCAUCGUGGGAUACACCUACAAAAGGGGGAAGGACCUGAAAAAGCAGCAUGACCAGAAAAUGUGUGAGAGAGAGAUGCAGCGCAUCACCCUACCCUUGUCUGCCUUCACCAACGCCACCUGUGAGAUCGUGGAUGAGAAGACUGUUGUGGUCCACACCAAUCAGACUCCAGUCGACCUUCAGGAGGGCAGUGCCCCUCUGAUGGGGCAGGCAGGCACUCCUGGGGCCUGAGCACCCCCGCAGUGGGCAGGAGCCCAUGCAGGGACUGGUGCAGGCUGGCCUUCCCUCCUACAGCUGGGAGGAGCUACACUUUUUGUUGUGGUUAAAACUCUCCCCUGACUUUUUUUCUUCUUUUUGUUUUUGGGAAAUCCUCAGACAGACGCAGGUGGUGCUGUGGGCUGAGGGCGAAGAUGGGUAGGGUCCCACCACUGCUCUUUCUCCAUCCCUCGGAGCAGGGUCUUGCCCGUGGGUGGAGACAGUGGCAGCCCCCACAGCAGUGUUGCCGAAAAGGGCUUCCAACCAUUGCCUGUGCCCCAGACUGAAUCAGGGAUGGACAGGGAGCGUCCCCCGGCUCCUUUGUGCUGUAUUACCUAAGGUGGCCUCGUUCUCCGCCUUUCCGUUUGUUCUCUGUGGGCUUAAGUGGCGCACACUGUUAUUCAUACUUGAGGUCAAGCAGGUCAAGAGGCAGCAUUUAAACAAUAUAUUUAGUUUAAAAAAUAUUUGGGAUGGAACUCCCUCCUGACCUCUCAGAACCAGAAAUGAGUUUGUACAAAAGUCAAAACUGUGGUUUGAGAAUGGGAUCUAGGCUGGGGUUUACUGGGUGAGCUCCAGCUUGCUGGCCGUGAUGUGCCUUGACAAAAGCGGGCCAGACCUGGGCCCAGGGACUCUUCCUGUUUGGAGAGGAAAGGAAGGGAAGAACCACACUGAACAUUCCACUUAGGAAGAGGGUAGAGAAGGAUCCGCGGCUGCCUUAGGCCACAGGACCUGAGGUGGACCUGAGGUACCCCAGUCUCUUCAGGGUAGACAGUGACCUCUCCAUUUUGUAAGGAUAAGACAACAGCCAGCUAACCUACGGGAAUUAUACUGGGGGGCCUUGUGAGCUGCUUCUGAGAGGUUAACCUGGAAAUGAACCUCAGAAGUAAGGUAAUAAAGUGCCGCAGGGCUUGCCCCUGCAGUGACCUGGGUUCGCAGGUGGCUGUGUGGCCUUCAGGCAGUGCCUUCCAGUGAGGGCAACAGAACUAGCGUCACAACCCCUGCCUUGUAAAACAGUCAUAGAAUCAUUUGAAGGGAUCUUAGGGCUCCUCAAGCCUUUUUGACACAGAGGGGGAAAGCGACACCUAAGAUCAUAGAGAAAGUUACAGGCAUGGCCAAGGGGAGUACCUUUCCCCACGGUACUGUGCUGCACUGUGCCAGCCGCUCAGCAGGGCCUUCAAGUCCUGAUGUCACACUGGAGGCCUUAGCAAUGCUCCCUAUCCACAGAGCUUCCUUCCCCAAAGCCCUUCCACUGCCCCAUGUGGAGAGUGGGGUUAGUGGGGACCAUUCUCUUUAGCAGGCUGUCUCCAGGGGUGGUUUGCUGAGGGAACUUAGGCCUCAGGGGGUCCCUUGGUGUUCAGUGAUGCUGAAGAAAUUACUGGUUUCUACUUUUCUAUAAAAGCAUUUCUCUGUGUACAUGUUUUAUAUACCUCAUUCUGACACCUGCGUAUAAAAAAGUGCAGGAAAUUGCUGUAUUUGACUUGCAUAAAUAAAUUUAAAAAAA